CUGAGAUAGAGAGAGAGAGAUAAGAGAAGAAAGAAAUGGCAGUGCCAUUGUUACGUCUUUGCUCCUUCUCACUCUCACCAACCCCAUACACUACGCCUUCCAUCUUUCAUUCCUUCAAUCCCACCACCACUUUCCUCCGUUUCAAGCUCCAUUCCACCCUAUUUCACUCCACAAUACCCAUGUCUCAAGAUAAAGGGUCCACAAAGUCUUCAUCAAUGACUCCCUAUGAAGAAGCAUUGGAGGCCUUGUCUUCUCUCAUCACUAGACGCACUCGUGUUGGUGAUGUCAAUUUAGAGGAACGAUUCAACGUGCUGUUUGAGUACGUGAAGAUGCUAGAUUUGGAGGAGGCGAUUUCAAAUAUGAAGAUCAUCCAUGUAGCCGGUACUAAAGGGAAGGGAUCUACAUGCACUUUCACAGAGUCUAUUUUACGAAACUGUGGUUUUCGCACUGGGCUCUUUACUUCUCCUCAUCUAAUUGAUAUCCGAGAAAGAUUUCGUUUAGAUGGUCUGGAAAUCUCUGAAGAGAAAUUUUUGGCAUACUUCUGGUGGUGUUAUGAUAGACUAAAGGAGAAAACUGAUGACAAGGUUCCAAUGCCUCCUUUCUUCCACUUCCUUGCUUUACUUGCCUUCAAGAUAUUUUCAGCUGAGCAGGUAGAUGUUUCCAUAAUGGAAGUUGGUUUAGGUGGCAAGUAUGAUGCAACAAAUGUGGUGCAGGCACCAGUUGUGUGUGGUAUAACAUCCCUUGGGUAUGAUCACAUGGAGAUUCUUGGGAAUACUCUUGGAGAAAUUGCUGGUGAGAAGGCUGGUAUCUUCAAGCAUCGGAUUCCAGCUUUUACUGUGCCUCAGCCUGAUGAAGCGAUGCAUGUACUUAAAGAGAAGGCUUCUCGGUUAAAUGUACCUCUUCAAGUGGUUAACCCGGUAGAUGCCAGAUUGCUAGAUGGUUCAACACUGGGGCUUGAAGGUGAGCAUCAAUAUACAAAUGCUGCUCUUGCUGUCGCGUUAUGCUCUAUGUGGCUGAAGAUGAGCGGGCAUCUUCAAGACACUAAUUUGGAACAAACACAACACACUUUGCCAGAGCCAUUCAUAAAAGGGUUAGCAACUGCAAGUCUGCAAGGAAGGGCCCAGAUUGUUCCUGAUCAACACGUCAACAAUGAAGCCUCAAAUGAACUUGUCUUCUUUCUAGACGGGGCUCAUAGUCCUGAAAGCAUGGAAGCAUGUGCAAGGUGGUUUACUCUUGCCAUUAAGGGCCAGGACCAGACUUCGUUUCAUCAAAAAAUGGAUAAUUCUAAGUUCUCUACAGAAAUGGUGAAGAUGAAUAUAGGUGAAAGAGACCAUAAAAAAUCCACACAGAUUUUGCUGUUCAAUUGUAUGUCUGUUCGAGAUCCACAGUUGCUUCUUCCUCAAUUGAUGAAAACAUGUGCUGAUCAUGGUGUCUACUUCAGAAAGGCUCUCUUUGUGCCUGCUUUAUCAAUGUACCACAAAGUUGGAUCUCAUGCUUUAACCCCGACCGAUACUAACAUUAACCUGUCAUGGCAGUUAACUCUUCAAAGAGUGUGGGAAAGUCUCAUGCAAGGGAACAAAGUAGGCAAGAGUACUGAUGCCGCUUCAGAAGAAUUAAAAGAUGAUAUGGGGAUGAGUGCCAAUAAUUUCGAACACAGCGCAGUGUUUCCCUCGUUGCCGGUGGCUAUCAAGUGGCUUAGAGAUAGAGUACAGCAGAAUCAAUCAACUCGUUUUCAGGUACUUGUAACGGGUUCUAUACAUCUUGUUGGUGACGUGUUGAAAUUAAUCAAGAAGUGAUCAAGUGCUACCGUGCCAACUAUUCUAAGAUCUUGUCCCACAAGAGAUCCCUCUCAAUCAUUCAGUAUCCAUUGAGGAUUUGAAGAGCUAUCACACAUGGUUGGAAACUGCUAACACAAUGUUUUCAACACAAGCAACCGACUAACCAUCUUGGUUUUGGACAAUUUAUUGUAGAUGAAGCUUGGUGGUUUAUUUCAAGAUGAGGCUGGUUUGGGUUUCUUAGUGGGAUGUCUUUCAAUUUUUUUUAUUUGAUUCUUGUAGUUGAAAAGGUGAAAGAUGGAUUAAGGAACAUGGAUAAAAAGAUAAUCCACCUACCUAGUCUAGGGUCUUAUUUGCACAUAAACUUCAUUAAGUUGUCACUAUCAUACUAAUGCUUUCAACAAUCAACAUGUUUGGAUUCAUAA